CCAAACACAUAGAAUUGACAGAGAGAUAUCAAAUCUUUAUGGCUAUGUUUCUGAUGAGGAAAGGAGAGAAAAUGUUGAAAGAAGAGAGUGAGUCUGAGAUCUUUUCACCAAAGAAGAAAAUAACUGAAGUUCAAAUGUCAAAGAAUGAGUUACUCGAGAAAGAAAACCUGGAGCUCAAGCAAGAAGUGGCGCGCUUGAAGUCGCUGAUAGUUUCGCUGAAAGCACACAACGUGGAGAGAAAAUCCAUGCUGUGGAAGAAGAUUCAUAAGUCAAUCGACGACAGCAAUUCAGAUUCACAGCUACACAAAGCAGCCGUUAUGGCAGAAAAGUGUCCUGAAAACCAGAAUGUGCUUACAAAUCAAGAAUUCAAAGAUUCACAAAAGGAGGGUUCUGUAACAAAGGUACCAAAUCCGCCGCCAAGUCCGCCUUCAUUCCUUCUUCCUUCGCAUAACAAAUUGCAUCCCGGAGCGCCGCCUCCGCCUCCUCCGGCUCUGCUAAAAUCAUCCAUGGGAUUGAAGGCGGUGCGACGUGUUCCAGAAGUCAUCGAGCUCUAUCGUUCCCUAACGAGGAAGGAAGCCAACACGGAAAACAGAAUAAACCUUAAUGGAGGAAUCCCUGCACUAGCAUUCACCAGAAACAUGAUUGAAGAAAUCGAAAACCGCUCGUCUUACCUGUCCGCUAUAAAAUGUGAAGUUCAAAGACAAGGCAAGUUCGUGAAUUUGUUAAUCAAAGAGGUGGAAUCGACGUCGUUUUCGGAUAUUUCAGAGGUGGAGGCAUUCAUCAGGUGGCUGGACGGAGAACUGUCUUCAUUGGUGGAUGAAAGAUCAGUGCUGAAGCAUUUUCCACAAUGGCCGGAACAAAAAGUUGAUGCGCUUCGCGAAGCGGCUUGUAACUACCGAGAUCUGAAGAGUCUUGAAUUGGAAGUUUCAUGUUAUGAGGAGAAUCCGAAAGAGGCUCUGCCUCAGGCUUUGAAGAGGAUUCAUGCGUUGCAAGACAGGUUGGAGACUAGUGUUAGUGCUAAAGAAAGAACAAGGGAGAUUACUACCAACAAGUACAGGAAUUUUCAUAUCCCGUGGGACUGGAUGAUGGACACAGGCCUCGUUGGUCAGAUGAAGCUAAGUUCAUUGAGGUUGGCAAAAGAAUUCAUGAAAAGAGUGACUAAGGAAUUGGAGUCUCGUGAAGCAUUGCAAGAAGAUAACCUCUUACUACAAGGAGUAAAAUUUGCAUUCCGGGUACACCAGUUUGCAGGUGGCUUUGAUCCGGAGACCACACAAGCAUUUCAAGAAUUGAAGAGGGUUGGUGGUGUUCAGCGAAGCUAUAGCAACAUUAUCAAAUGCACUAAAUUUGACAAAAGUUGUCAGAAACUUAUGUAGUAAGUAGUAACCAAAUUGUCUUCCCCAAUGGAAUUGACAAAUAUGUAUAUUCCUCUUCUGUUUAUGUAAUUUCUCGAAUGCAUUGCCUUGAGAAAACUAGGUAUAUGCUUUUUCUUUCUUUCCUUUUUUUUUUUCUAAUAAUUAUGUUUAGUACACCUCACAAGAUAAAUCCUAAUU